GCAAAAUUCUCAAUCACUGACUAUUCUAAUAACGAUUGCCACAAGAAUCAUGACAAAUGUUAAAAGUUCCGAUGCAGAAACCAGAGUACCGCAAUAUAAAAAUACUAUUUUAAGUGGCACAAAAAAUCCCAAAUACAUUGAAAGCAUCAAGUCCGACCCGGAUUGUGGGGUGGUGCCAAUGAGAGUUUUUAGAGAUCAGGUCGAUUGGAGCAGACAUCCCAGCUUCUCUAUGAAGAAAAUCGAUUAUCAGCUGGAGUGCGAAAUGCGCUAUGCGGAGAAUCGGGAGAAAUAUAAUGCACAACUUAAUCGGGAAAUGGAAUUCAUAAUAUCCUCAAAACAAAUGAUAUACGAUCAGUACUUUACAAGAAGAGUCUUAUCGUACACAACGUUUUGGCCACCCUUGCAUACAAAACCCGAGCUGGAUAUCUUUAUAAAAAAGUUUUUUCAACUGACGUCGCCUCAAAAGAAACGUUUAAAUUAUCUAAUGAACACAGAACUGAGCUUUAUAUAGUAAUUCGGAGCCUUUUUAGUAGCUGAUAAUUUAUUUGUCUAUUUAAGGGCGCAAAGUUAAUAGUAGGUGUACUAGGAAGAGAAAAUUAAAGAGACAUAAUAUAAAUGAAAAAUAAUAAUAAUAAAAUGAUGUUGCCAAUAAUUCACUAAUGUUGGAAAAGCAAGAGAGAUUUAUAAGAAGAAGCCUACUUGAAUUCGAUGACAAACGAAGACUUGGAUCACAGUUAAAGCCAUAUUAAAUUCUUUCGAUCAAUCGCUAAUAUAGACCAGGCAUCAUUAAUAAUUGUGAAUAUAUUAAUUGUUUUCUUCUUCAAUA